AAGGGAAAAGUAACCCAAAAUUGAUUUCAGCCCCAAUUCACUCAAUUCUCCAAUUGAGGGUCUGAGCUUGCUGUAAUGGGCAGCUUCAAGCUCCAAUUUUCUCAACUGGGACUUCAACAAAAGCCUCAGAUUCCGGCCGUUAUCAUCACACUGAGAAUUAGUUGCGGAGGUCUUAGAAAUGGGCCCAGAAAGCCUAUGUGGAGGACGCGAGUGCUCUCCUCUGAAGCCAUUCAAGCAGUUCAAUCUUUGAAACUGGCGCAAAAGUCGCCUUCUAAAUUGGAACACGUUCUCACCACUAAGCUAGGAAGGCUUUUGAAGGCCGAUUUAGAGGAUGCAUUGGCCGAGUUGCAGAGGCAAAAUGAAUUGGAUUUAGCCCUCAAGGUGUUUGAUUUUGUGAGGAAAGAGACGUGGUAUGUGCCCGAUCUAUCUCUGUACAACAACAUGAUAUUAAUGGUGGGUAAGCGCAGGAUGAUUGAGUCGGUUGAGCAGCUCGUUGUACAACUGCGGAGUGAAGGCCUGCAACCAGAUGCGAGAACCUAUACUGAACUGAUGGGAGCAUAUUUAAAAGUUGAAAUGGUGAGUAAAGCAAUGGAAACGUAUGACCAGAUGAAGGCUUCUGGCUAUGUCCCGGAUAAGUUAACACUGACUAUUUUGAUAAGAAACCUCGAAAAGGCUGGUGAGAAUGCCCUUUCGGAAGCUAUAAGGAAAGAAUGUGCUGAGUAUUUUGAUUACCCGAACAAGUUUCUUGAAGAAGUUGAAAGGAAGCAUCCAAAGAGGAAGAAACUUGUCAUCAUCUGAAGAUGUCUGUCAUUGCUUAUUGUGAUCAUCCAAUUUUGAUGUGUGUCCCUUUGAAAAAAUUCAGUUGAUUUACAGUAUAAUGUAAAUAUAAAUUCUUCUUGCUCAUUGGAAAGUAGAAUUUCUUAAA